GUGCGAGCGAUCGUCGGCGCGACGACGAGAAUCCAAACGCGCGCGCCACCACGUGCAAAUCACCGCACCGCGCCACUACACGGCGCGCGCGCCGUCACCUCCGUCAAAAGGCAGUCAAUGUCUAACCGCUUCCAGCCCCCUCCGCGCAUCGCGCGCGCGCGUUCGCCGCGCACGGAUAACGACAACUCCAACAGAGCCUCCAGAGAAGACUCGCCGCGCGAGGCGGCGGGCCAAAGUCGAAGCCGAAGUCGGUCGCCCGCGCGCGCGAGCGUGCUUUCGCUAAAACGGGAUCAGAUGCUUCCAUUCUUGCGUAAACUGCGACCGACGUUCGUGUUCACGAACGAUCGCGCGCUCUUGAACUUGUGCGGCGGCGGUUUGAACGGCGCAACGCGACCUUGUCGCGCGCGCGCCGAGGUCUUCAAUCCGCUCGGUCUGUCCGUGUCGUGCAGCGUCAGCGCGACGCAGCUCGCGCGGUUCUUGCACGUACUAGUACACACGCCACUGGCUGUCGCGGGGCUGUUGCUCGCGGCGAAGUCGCUCGUCGAGCGCUCGCAAAGAUUACGAGAAGAACGAGAAGCGCGCGAGGCGUGGCGAGUAGUCGAAGUGGAACCCGCGAUACCGAGUGACAUGGGCGUCGAACACGCGUUAGCGAUGUCUAUUCCUCUCGAGAACGACCGUUUAGCCGACGAUGAUGAAGACGAAGACGAAGUUUCGAUGGCGCCCUCCGAUUGGAGUUUUAUUUCUGACGAAUUCCAAGACGACGCGAGCGAUUCGGAGGUGAUUGAUCGAUAA